UGACUUUUCAUUCAAACACGGCUUCACAGAUUCUUCCCUGUCCUUCAAGCUUCCCCCAAUUCCAAAACCAAAACUUUGAUUUAGGGUUUGCUUUACAUUCCCAAAUUGGUCUGAAUCCCAUGGAUUUCCAGAUGAACAGGAUCCAAGUAGCGGCCUUCGUUAUUGGCAUCAUCGUCCUCAGUAUCACAGCUGAAAAAUGUCGGCAGAUGGUUGGGGAAGAGCAUUCGUCCCAGAGUGGGAAGUUUACAAUUAUGAACUGCUUUGAUAUGAGUUCUGGAACACUAGCUUGUGGGGUGAAAGAGGGUGUGAAACUAUAUGCCAACAACAUCAGAUCUGCUCAGGUCGAGGCAGCAAGGCAUAAAGCAAUUGAAAGUGCCUUGGCUGAUGCAUUGUCACAGGGGAUGACUGCUAACGAAGCGGCCAAGCUAGCACAGAAAGCAGGAGCAAAAGCAGCAAAACUAGCAAAACGACAAGCCAAGCGGAUAAUAGGUCCUAUAAUCUCGUCUGGAUGGGACUUUUCUGAAGCUAUUUACUACGGUGGUGCAGUAACAGAAGGGAUCGUCAGGGGCACUGGCACCUUGUUUGGCACCUAUGCUGGAGGUUUUCUAGGAGACCAAAGGCUUGGGAGAUUUGGUUAUCUUGUGGGAAGUCAAUUGGGCAGUUGGGUAGGAGGCAGGAUUGGAUUGAUGGUGUAUGAUGUGGUUAGUGGAGUUAAUUACAUAAUUAGAUUUGGUAUACCCGAAAGUAGUGAAGUUGGUGAAGCUCCAUCUUAUGAAAAUUCUGAUGACUCUUACGUUAGUGAAGCCCCUACAGACACGAGCUCCGAAGAUUCUUACAUUAGUCAAUUGGGCAGCUGGGUAGGAGAUAGGAUUAAAUUGAUGGUCUAUGAUAUGGUUUUUGGUACACCCGAAAGUAGUGAAGUUGAAGCUCCUCCUUAUGAAAGUUCUGAUGACUCUUAUGUUAGUGAAGCCCCUACAUACACGAGCUCUGAAAAUUCUAACGAAUACGAGUCUUCGUACGAAUCUCCCAAUGAAGAGCUCUGA